CCGCGGUGACGCUCCUGCGGCGGGCGGUGGCGGGCGCGCGAGUUCCCCGCGUCUUGGGGGAAGCGAGUGCCCGGGGACCCCCCGCGCCGCUCCCGCCGCCGCCGCCGCCAUGUCGGGUCGGUCGGUCCGGGCCGAGACCCGCAGCCGGGCUAAAGAUGACAUCAAAAAAGUGAUGGCGGCCAUCGAGAAAGUGCGGAAAUGGGAGAAAAAAUGGGUGACUGUGGGCGACACAUCCCUUAGGAUAUUUAAGUGGGUUCCUGUGACAGACAGCAAGGAGAAAGAAAAGUCCAAAUCGAACAGUUCAGCAGCCCGGGAACCUAAUGGCUUUCCCUCUGAUGCCUCAGCCAAUUCCUCUCUCCUUCUUGAAUUCCAGGACGAGAACAGCAACCAGAGUUCGGUGUCUGAUGCCUGUCAGAUGCGGGUGGACAGCAGCACCAACUCCAGCCCCAGCCCCCAGCACAGCGAGUCCUUGAGCCCCGCGCACACGUCCGACUUCCGAACCGACGACUCCCAGCCCCCGACUCUGGGCCAGGAGAUCCUUGAGGAACCCUCCCUGCCUGCAUCGGAAGUGGCUGAUGAACCGCCCACCCUGACAAAGGAAGAGCCGGUUCCUGUGGAGACCCAGGUUGCUGAGGAAGAAGAAAACUCGAGUGCCCCACCACUGAAACGUUUCUGUGCCGAGCAGCCCACAGUGCCGCAGAUAGCCUCGGCAUCCGAGAGCUAGCAGUGCCCCUGUGCUGGGGACCCUCCCCACGCGUGCUGGUCUUGGUCUGGUCUGGUGUGGCUGUGCUGCUGUGUGGCUGUGCCCAGAUGCCUCCUGGGCUGGAAGGCAAACCCUUGACCUGGGGUAGCCAUCGCAUCUCCCUGUCCCUGGCACCCAGGCCUGCUUGCUC